UGCCCACAAUGAAUCCAAUCGUCUACGCCCUACUGUUCAGCUUGGUGGCGGGUCUGGCCGUCGCCGAGAAGUCGGAGUACUGCCUGACUGAGAUUGUCAACUCGGCGGAAAGGAUGGAAUCGCACGGAUACCCGACGGAGACGCACCAGGUGGUCACCGAGGAUGGCUAUGUGCUGACCCUGUUCCGCCUGCCCUACUCCCACAAGCUGAAUAAUCAGAACGAGAAACGGACGCCGGUUCUGCUGCAGCACGGACUGUUCAGCAACUCGGACUGCUGGCUCUCCUCCGGUCCGGACAACUCCCUCGCCUACCUGCUGGCCGACGCCGGGUACGAUGUGUGGCUGGGCAAUGCCCGCGGCAACAUCUACUCGCGGGAGAACAACCUCAUCUCGCUGAACAGCCACAAGUUCUGGCACUUUGACUGGCACGAGAUCGGCACCAUCGACAUUCCCGCCAUGAUCGACUACAUCCUGGAAGCCACUGGCCACUCGAAGCUUCACUACGCCGGCCACUCGCAGGGCACCACCGUCUACCUGGUGUUGCUGUCGGAGCGACCUGAGUAUAGUGAGAAGAUCAAGUCCGGUCACCUGCUCGCCCCCUGUGCCUUCUUCGAGCACGGCACCUCGUUCGUCUUCAAGGCCCUGGGCCCCUUGGUGGGCACUCCCGGCGGCAUCUGGAACCAGCUGCUGGUGGACACCGAGCUGAUCCCGCACAACAAUCUGGUCAACCGGGUGGUGGACAACAGCUGCCACUAUGCGAGCGCCAUCUGCGACAACGCCUUCAUCAUGUUCGCCAACGGGGGCUACGUCAACGCCAAUGCGAGCUCCAUGAAGGUUCUGAUUGAGACCCAUCCGGCUGGUUCCUCCAGCAACCAGGGUAUCCACUACCUGCAGCUGUGGGAGUCCAAGGAGUUCCGCCAAUACGAUUGGGGCACCAAGAAGAACAACGAGAUCUACGGCCAGGAUCUGCCUCCGGACUACGACCUCAGCUUGAUCACCGCACCCACCCACUCGUACUCCAGCAACAACGAUGCCCUCUGCGGACCCAAAGACGUCGACACCAUGGUGAAGAACUUCGUCCAUCUGAAGGAGGACUACCGUGUGCCUGUGCAGAGCUUCAACCACUUGGACUUCAUCAUUGCGCGGAACAUGAAGGAGCUGGUCAACGAUCCGAUUAUCAAACGCAUUAACUCCUACGAAGGUCGCUAGGGAAUGAACCAAUAAAGAAUACCGUACUGCA